AUGGAUAUUGUAAUUACUGUUAGGCUACUUCAAAGUCUGCUGUACUCACGAAUAAAUACAUUUCAUACAUACAUACACACACACAUAUAUAUAUAUAUAUAUAUAUAUAUACCGAUUUGUAUUAGUAUUAUCCAAAAUAUACAGAUGUCAGAGUCUAAGAAACAAUAUUUUCCCGAUACAACAUCAAAGUAUUAUCAACAAGCAUUAGAAGAUUAUGAUGGAGUUUUAGAAGAUACAGAUCCAGAAGAAUGGGAUAAGAGGAUACAAUCAACAGGCUGUUAUGUCGAGAAUAUGGCUUUGCAACUCUGUCAUGCUGAAACAGGAGAUUGGAGACAAUGCUUAAAAGAAAUGGAAAUGUUUAGAAAGUGUUGGGAUUCAAAAGGUAAUAAUGAGAGAACUCAUACUGUUGAUAAAUAA